UAUAGUAUAAAGUUGGCUCUAAUACAUGUACUAACAACCAUUUGUAGUUGCAAGGCCUACUUGGGUGAAUUGCAAGACUUGGGUGGGUAGGCAGCUCUAAGAAUUGAGGGAGUUUAUGAACACUGCAACUUCCAUUCCUAACAUCUGAAUUUCCAAAUUUUAUUUUUAACAGACAGCCUGGAAAAGGUCCAAAGAAGCUUUCUGGUGCAGCAAAUAGAAAAAGAAAGGCUCAGAGAGAAUUGCAAGUGGCUAGUUUACGUGCUUCAAUGAUGCGAUUUAUGCAGUCUAGUCAUACAUUAGACAGUGAGCUGCAAGACAGGGACAGUGAAAUGCUUCAAGAGGCAGAUUUCUCUGAGGUGCCAAGCAGUCCUUCCAGACCAGGUGAAAGUGACAGUUCCUGCCAAAGUCCCAGCGAUGCUUGCUGUAUGGUAGCUGUUGAGAAUACUGGUACUGGAUGUACAGAUAAUGAAUCUGAGUCACAGGUGUGUGAUAAUGGCUCUGACCUUGCAGUUGGUAAUGCUGAGUGUGUCAGAGAGUUUGGAGCUGAGUCGGUGUCUGGGGCAUCCAUUGACUCUAUUCCUGUGUGGUCAGAGCUAGGAGCAAGUCCUGUAUCUGACCAAGUAGUAGAUAUAUGUGAGGAGGAAAAUAAGGAAGUAGCUCCAGUAACAUGCAGGGAAGUCGAUAGUGACCCUGGUAAAUGGCCAGAUCCCAUGGAUGAUAAAGUUUGCUGUCUGUUAAGUGCUGAAGGGCCUGUUCAGAUAAUGAAUCACACUUUUCCCUAUGAUGAUCACCAUAGAAGAUUUAAUCCUAUCUUCUAUACAAAAAGACUUACAAAUGGUGAGACAGUCAGAAGGUCUUGGUUGGUGUAUUCUGAAAGUAGUGACUUAGUAUUUUGUUUUUUUUGCAAACUCUUCAGCAGUACUCAUUUAGUUGCCCUGUCUAGUACAGGAACAUGUGACUGGAAAAAUUUGGGCCAAAAGCUUGUAGAACACGAGCGGUCAGUGAAACAUAAAGAAGCUGCUGCUAAGUGGAGUGACUUGCACUUGAGGCUUAAGAAUAGCUCCACCAUUGAUCACCACCGUGAGAACAUGAUUAAGUCUGAGAGAAAAUACUGGAGAAAUGUUUUGGAAAGACUUCUUGCAAUCUGUCAGUACUUGUCCCAACAUAACUUGGCAUUUAGGGGUAGUGAGGAUCGACUCUUUACAAGUGGUAAUGGCAACUUCCUUGGGUUAGUGCAGCUGUUGGGCAAGUUUGAUCCAGUAAUACAAGAGCAUCUUCGCGGAUCAGUAAUGCCGAGAUCCAUGAUCACUACUUGGGGAAAACCAUUCAGAACGAGUUGAUAAUGUUAAUAUCGAAGUC